UUGAGACAGCUGUGCGGGGGAGGAACCGUAAAAAAAUUUGGGCGUGUUUGCGAGCCAGGGAAAAGCGAGAAAAGUACGAAAAGUCUGAUAAGAAUGAAAAGGAAAAACUGCAGAAAGUGAACCAGCAACCAUGGUGAGGAGCGCAAGCCUGGCAGCCCACUCCUUGUCAGCUGGAGCCGGCGUCGGCCGCCUGGCAAUAACCAAGAAGCUGGUUCUGUGGUCAGUGCUGGUGCUGCAGGUGGGCUUCAUCGGCUGCAUCUGGCUGCUGCAGAUGAGCCGCGGCCAGGAGUCUCAGCUGCGGAGUUCCCUGGAGCAGAGCGGAGCGCGGGUGAACUUCGUGGCCAGCGAUGAAGCUGGAAAGAUCCCCUUGGAGACGAUCCCCCGUGUGGACGGAACCCGGUGUCCCCGGCAACACGAAAAUGUCAACCGCUACGACAGGGACUUUUACCAAAUGAAACCGGACAGACUGAACGAAUCCCACCUGCCCGACUACAACGUGCCUGCCUAUGUGGACGCGGAGAUGGGGUUGACCCCCGCGCUUUGGUGCUAUCGCGAGGGCACCAUAAACGAAAGUCUGCGGCUCAACGAUAUGGACUACCUGAUGGCCCCGCCGCAGUGCAGAUGUGAAAGUGGUUGGCACGGAAGGGAUUGCGGCCAGCCGGAGAUUAUCUGGCGAGCUCUGAUGACGUCCAACCGGGCCAGUAAACGAGGCGGGAGCACACCGCUUCAACUGGUCGAGGCCAGUUCCACUUCCCUGCACCGUCUGUUCUAUAUGCUGGAACUGGGAGUCUGGGACCAUCUUAGUCUUGAGCUCUUGGAGCUGCAAAUUCGAGCUCUUAUAGAAGUGGUGGACUACUUCCUCAUAUACUACGUAAGCAACGGCAGCAAGGAGCGCAGUCUGGAGAACAUGCUGGGCAGCAGAACUGCAUACACGCUGCAUCACUGCUCUUCCGAGACCAACUGUAGCAGCUCCAUGGCCUACAGCCAUUUCAGGCGCCAGCUGUGGCAGCAAUGUGGCGUCCAAAUGCAGGCUCAGGAUCUACUGCUGCACGGGGACAGUGGAACAGUCUACGCCCCUGCGGCUCUGAAGUUUCUCAAGUACUAUGCAAAGGACGUGCUACCGCUGAAGUUCCGUUUGAAGUACAACGUGUACGGAUUCUACUGGCAGCACCCAAAGAAGACUCUGCUGAAUGGGGUGAUAAGUUCCUUGGGGCACCUGCACAGUGCCCAACUGGACGCCCACCGACUGCACCGACUGGCGAGUAGCACAUUGGGCGACCUCAAUCACUACGGCGGGUGGAACUGCGAGCUGUGUCAGUCUCCCGAGCAGAUUGUGCUUCUAUUGCAGAGUUCUAGCCAGCAAAAGCUUCCAGUGAAGCUGCCCAACGAUACCCGAAAUGCGCACAUCGAUGCCAACUACAUGCAGCAACUGAUAGCCAAUGGACUUCACAUCGAUGGUACCACCCAGCUCAUCCGCUUGCGGGAGCAGAGCGAGAAGUAUUUCGCUCCGGAGGAGGCACUCCUGCACAGCAGCCAGUACGGUCAGCUCUUAGUUAAUCUUUACGAUGUAGACGUCCUAGAGGAUUUGCAGGAGGAGGAAUAACUACGCCUGUCAGAGUCUGGCUUGGGCUGGGCACCCUGGCGCACCAGCAUAGAUCGACGACUAUUUAUAUUUAUAUGUGCCUGCUUUCAAAACCCCAUCAAUCUCAUAUCAUACUCUGCCUAAUCCACUCAUGCACUACUUGCCCUUCUGUGUUUUGGCCAAGCGAAUUCCAAAUUUAGUAUCUCAGCAGACAGGACAGACAGACCCGCCAUCUGUGAUAAGAAAACCAGAACUAAACAAAGAAUUUAUGAGAGUAAACUGAAGUGAACAGAACAACAGAGAGUAAUCUCAAAUUAGAUGGAAAAAAGUUGUGAAAUGGGUUGAACGGAAUUUAGCAUUAUUUUUAAGAUAUGUAUAUUGAUGUAAACACACAUGAUCAGUUAAAAAAAAGCUUUUUAGGUAUAUUUUAAAUUUUAAAACAAGUUCUCAAGAGCAAGCAAAUUUAAACAAAUUUAAAUUUGGUUAAAAUUUGUUUGCGUUUUUUGUGUUAUUAGUUUAUUGUCCUAGAAACAUAAAUAUAUUUAUAAGAAAAUUUGUUAACUUGCCAGAUCAAUUCAGUAGUAAAAAUAAAGAU